AUGAUGAAGAACGAAGGUGAUGAUGAUCGAACGGCUCUGAUCUUUCUCGGAACAGGUUGCUCCGGCGCAGUUCCCGAUUUCAGAUGCUUGCUCCAGCCCUCGGAUCCUCCUUGCCAUGUCUGUUCUCAGUCCCUCUCUUUACUACCUCACCUUAAUCCCAAUUACAGAUGCAAUACAUCACUCUUGAUCGAUUAUUGCUGCAAGGAAGAAGAUGGAAGACAUUAUUACAUAAUUAUUGACGUUGGGAAGAGUUUCAGAGAGCAAGUCCUUCGCUGGUUUACCUUCUACAAGAUUCCCAAAAUUGAUUCGAUCAUUCUAACUCAUGAGCAUGCGGACGCAGUUCAUGGCCUAGAUGAGAUCCGAUCUAUUCAACCGCGAGGUCCAGCCAUUAACACCAAUCCACUUCCUGUCUUCUUAUCUCAAUUCUCAAUGGAAAGCAUUUCUACUAGGUUUCCAUAUCUUGUUGAAAAGAAGGUUAAAGAAGUACCUAGGCGGGUUUCGCAGCUUGACUGGAGUAUCAUCGAAGAGAAUUGUGACAAACCAUUCAUUGCCUCAGGCUUAUCAUUCACACCUCUUCCGGUGAUGCAUGGAGAGGAUUACAUUGCUUUAGGUUUCCUUUUUGGUGAUAAAUGUAAAGUGGCUUAUAUAUCAGAUGUAUCACGCAUUCCACCGAGUACUGAGUAUGCUAUUUCCAAAGCCGGUGCUGGACAGUUAGAUCUUCUUAUCUUGGAUACAAAUAUACCGAAGAAGAGAGGACCACAUCCCACACACAUCUGUUUCACUGAGGCUCUUGAGAUCUUGAAGAGGCUCUGUCCAAAGAGAGCGCUUUUAACGGGGAUGACACAUGAGUUUGAUCACCAUGUAUACAAUAAGAUACUUGCCGAUUGGUCUCUAAGGGAAGGAAUUGAUGUACAGCUUGCUCAUGAUGGGUUAAGGGUUCCAAUAGACCUAUGA